AUGGGACUCGACUAUAUUUUCUUUCAUUGCACUUACACUAUUCCUGCUGCAUCGGCACUGACGGUGCUCUACUACCCAUUCUUCACCGCGCAAGACCGUUGCAAAAUAUGCAUUCUGAUUACGAUUGCCAUUAUCGCAACAAUCCCAUGGGAUUCCUACCUGAUACGGUGUGCUAUCUGGACGUAUCCGCCCGACGCAGUAGUCGGUUACAAAAUACUUGAUAUUCCGGUUGAGGAGGUUUUCUUUUUUGCCAUACAAACCUACAUCACGAGUGUGGCAUACUGUAUCUUCACGAAGCCACUUGUGCGACCCAUGUACCUUCGAUCGCAUCUGGAGAGACGUAGAACAAGAAAUGUGGUAGCUUUUGUCAUUUUAACAUUGACGGGUGGUGGAACAGCGUGCCUGCUGUUGAGACGGCAUAUGACUUACCUGGGCCUGAUCUUGGUCUGGGUCUGUCCAAUCCUGCUAUUCCAGUGGAUGCUGUCCCAUCCUUUUCUUAUUGGACUUCCCAGCAAACCCACAAUCGCCGCGAUCUGCCUGCCCACGCUAUACCUCUGGGUUGCAGAUUUCAGUGCUAUGGAAUUUGGAACUUGGAGGAUAGAGAGUGGCACAAAUUUGGGUUAUCAGAUCGGCGGUAUAGACGUUGAAGAGGCACUAUUCUUUCUGGUCACCAAUAUGAUGAUUGUGUUAGGACUAAUUGGGAUCGAUUACGCAUAUGCGCUCCAAGAAUACAAGUCCCUAUCGCGGCCAGCAGCAGACAAGGGCACCACGCUCAGGACAGCUCUGUCGUUAUUAUGCAGUCCACCUUCUAUAGACGAAUCUCUCAUAUCUGCAUUGUCCCAGGCCGUAUAUCGUCUGCAGGAGAAGAGUCAGAGCAUGUUUCUCGGCAGCGCAUUAUUCCAGGGUCAUCUACGCAUUGAUCUCAUAUUCUUGUAUUACCCCUCAAACCCAUGCGUGGUUCAUUCAACUAAUAUGAAUAGGUACUCAUUCUGCCGCGUCAUGGAUGAUCUCAUUGACGAAGCUGAAGAUGAUCAGGAAGCCAAUGUUUGGAUCACAGAGUGCAGAUACCUCCUAGACUUAAGCCAUCGCGGCCGACUACCUCAUGACGCUUAUCAUGCUUCUAAACAAGGGGAGAAAUAUGAGAGACUGUACCAAUCGAUCAGCUACCUUCCUCUCUCCCGCUUAACUGAGAACUUCUUCUAUGACUUGCUGAGGGGGUUCGAAAUCGACUUGGCAUUCGAUUCCAAGACAGGAACUUUCCCGAUCAAAUCGGACUUUUGCCUUGAUCAGUACGCAGGUUUUGUAGCUGGCACGGUGGGUGCACUAGUUCUCGACCUUAUCAUAUUCCAUCAUGGCCAUGACUAUACGGAAGAUGUCCCGCUGUUGAAAGGGGCGGCGAAGAAGAUGGGCAAAGCCAUGCAGUGUGUCAAUAUUGCACGUGAUAUCCAUCGCGAUGCCACAAUUGGCCGAGUAUAUAUUCCUACAACGUGGCUGGACGAAGUAGGCCUUACUCCAGGAGAUGUAUUUGAGUGUCCUAAUAUCCCCAUCAUGUAUGGCCUGCAGGAGAGAAUGCUGCAGAAAGCAGACAGAUAUUAUCAGAUCAGCCGAGGGGCAAUUGAAGAGCUACCUCGCGGUGUAAGAGGGCCACUUCGGGCAACCGUGGAGAGCUAUAUGGAUAUUGGACGGCUUCUGAGGGAGCAGAAAGGCACAAGCCUGGCGCGAGCGUCGAAGAUGAGGGUACCUUUGAUGCGACGGCUAAAAGUUGGUUGGCUGGCAAUGUUGUAA